CACAGAAGAUUUUCUAAGUCUACAUGAAAAUGUCUUCAACAGUGUUGUACACUCUGCUGACCAUACAUUUCUUUGUGAGCUAUGGUAUGAAAAUAGACAUGAAGAGAGAAUUAUUUUACCAGGGGAGGGAUUUGUUUUGUGCACAACUCCAGUGUACAGAAAACAUAAGAGAAAACACUCAGAUAUCAGCUCUGGUCAACAUGUCAGUCUAUGUGAUCAACGAACCAGGGGACAAGCUAAUGUUGGCGUCUGUUUCAGGAUCAGAUUCAAAGGCUCGAGAUUAUAAAGUGCCUGGGGUUUUUGUGGACGGGAAUAUAUCCCACCAUGGCUGGGAAACUGCAGUUGUUUUUGUCCAAUGA